AUGGCGUCGUCGUCGUCACCAAUUCAUCAUUUCUUCAAUAGUUUUGUCCAACACGAGAAAAGCAGUUUACAACAAGCGUUGUUCCUGACUGCUGCUAAUGUUUUAACUAUAUUAACUGCUGCUGCUGCUUUCUCACUGUAUUAUGUCUUGCAAACGUUCCUUCGUCCUUUACUCUGGGCUGUCUUACUGGGAACAUUUCUUUACCCUUUCAAACAAUCUGCCACUCAAUCAUCACGCCAAUGGGUUAAUCAACUACAAUCAACGGGUACUCCAUUAAUGAUUGCUAUUGCCAUUCUCCCAUUUCAAACCAUCGAUACGGUAGCAGAAAUGGCGGCAGCGGCGAUAAUGGAACGCUAUCAUUUCUUCAUUUUCAUUAGUUUAAUUUUUGUUGUCGGACGUUUACUCUACGUCUGUGAACCGUUCGUCUUAACCUUUGAAGCUAUUGAUUUUGCAUUUAUUGAUGGAGUAUCCUUAUUUUUCUUACAGAUUCUAGGACUUGGUGUAUGUUUAAUUCUCACUUGGCUUUUCAAACCGACCCGAUCUUCAUGGCUUAGCCAAAUGUUAUGCUUUGCCUUGUGGAUUGUCCUUGGUUUUCGCUUUCUUUUCUGGCUAGGCUCUGCAUCGAUACCUAUAGUUGCAGUGCUCGGGGUGUUAGCCAUCCUAGGACUAAUACCAGCAAAAUCCAAGAAAUUAGGUACGCUGGAUUCGGAGAUGAUCAAUAAUUUGCUGUAUAAUUCUAUCGUCUAUCUGCUUGCAGUAGUGUAUUAUGAUAAUGAAGCCACCAUACCCGAUAUAAUGAGGAGAUAUACAUCAACCUUCUUGAGAAGGCACAGUGAAGCAGUUGCAUCGCAACAAUCCACUACCUCAACGCAAACAACUCCAACUUUAUUGAGAAAUAAAACUGUAAAAAUUGUCGAAAACGAGCAAUCCAGUGUAGGCCAGAGUCGAGAAAUAUUCCUAGCUUUAAUUUGGGCCUGCGUUAUUCUUCGCGUUUGGAUGCAUUCGUGGCUGUUACAUUUAUUACCUGUGCCUGUGUUAUAUAUAAUCAUCAAGAGAAUAUGGCAAAAGCUGAAUAUAUCUCAGUACUUGUUGCAUCAUUGGAAUAAUCUUUUAGACACUCUCACUGCUAAGAUUCAGAGUAAUUUUAAUUGGUUGCUUCCCAAGCCGUUGUUAUUGUGCUUUAAUAUUUUACGACAAGGAGAUCGAAAAGUAAUAACGCUAACUCAAUUAUUUAUUUAUCUACAGGCCAGCAAUAUUCUUAAUACCAUGUUGGACAAACUUGUCAGCGCUGUUAUUAUCUUAACUUUGAUCAUUUUAGUCACUCUAUGUACAGUCAUCUUGGCAUUUCAAAUUCAACAAGAAAGUGUCCAUCUUGUUGGAGUGACUGGUAAUUUAAUCAAUGAAACUGUAACGAGACACCCUGAGUUUAAAAGUUGGCUCCCUGAGAAGGAUCAAGUUGGAAAAUUUAUCGAUUCGAUCGUCAGUAGUGGAUAUCAGUACGGAAAGGAAUGGAUUCGAUCACAGUUUAAGGGAGUUCAAAGUGACAGCAAUAUCAAUAUUUCAAAAAUUGAACGAGACAUUGUUGCGGUCUUGGACGGAAUAUAUUAUCAAAACUGGAUUGGUAUGAAUCGCGGAAAAUUAGGUCAUGGUAGCAAUCACUCAUUAUUGAACGAUAGCGCUACCUACUCGGAUGAUAGUAUCCUCGCUUCGUGGAAAAACUUAUCUUUUAAUUUUAGAAAGAAUUUUGAUUAUAAAGAAGUUAUAGUAUUUAUUAAAGAAAAUGUCGACAUGUUUCUUUCGGUUUUACGAUCCGGUUUUGUUAUUCUUCGAAGUAAUUUGGACAUUGCUUUUCGAUUGUCGUACCUUAUUUUUUCCACCCUAUUUGGUGGUGGUACAGCGGUGAUUAACUUCUUGGUCGAUAUUAUUGUCUUCUUGACCACUUUAUUUUAUUUAUUAAGCUCAUCGGAAAAUGUUUAUAUCCCUGUAAAAUGGGCGAUGGAUUUGAUACCAUCAACUACAGGAGAUAAAUUUGGUCAAGCAGCAUCGGAAGCAAUUCGUGGCGUUUUUGGUGCCUCAUUCAAACUUGCAGCCUUUUACGGCCUUUACACUUGGUUCACACACAGUUUAUUUGGUGUAGAACUAGUUUGCAUUCCCUCAGCACUUAGCGCAAUUGCUGCUGCUAUCCCGUUUAUUGGCACCUAUUGGGUGGCUGUACCGGCGGUACUGGAGUUAUGGCUUGUUCAUGAUAAUGUGAUACUUGCUGGACUUUUACUUUGUUGCCACUGUUUACCUCCAUAUGUCAUUGACAUAGCGAUUUACAGGGAAAUAAAAGGUGGAGGCCAUCCCUAUGUGACUGGCUUAGCUGUUGCUGGUGGAAUUUAUUGCGUAGGCUUAGAAGGUGCCAUUGUUGGGCCUGUUCUGUUGUGUUGUUUCCUUGUUGGAUGCAAUGUCUAUAGUGCAGCUAUCAAUACCGAGUCAUCAGCUGGUGUAAAAGAAAAAAAGGCGAGAGAUUUGAGGAAGGAGACUUUAUCAAGGUAUGACUGA